GUCUGCUGGGGCAGCUCGUAAAAUACAGACGUUUUUUUUCUCGCGCUGUUUUAAUGAAGAACGAUAAUUAGAUUCGAAUUCGUUGAUUAUUGCGACGCAUCAUCGUAAAUUUUCUAGUGUCAUUCGUUCCUUGGGGAAAAAAUUUUUAAAUAAUGUUGUCUCUUCUUUCGCACAAUGGAAAAUUUCUAACAGUUUGCACCAAUAUGGUGAUUUAAAAUUCUACCAACUUCUGUCAAAUCAUUAAAUGUUUACGUGCCCGAUAGUAAGUCCGAAGCGAUAAAUAUUGUGUUCGUGAAUUUCAAGAAUGAAAAUACUGGAAGUGGACGUGACAAAGAAGAAGUCAACCACGCGCCCCAUUUGCUGUAAUAAAAUCCUUGAAUCAUAAUCAUGUCGAGUCUGCAGCGUUUGACAACGAAAAGGCGCCGUUCGCAAAAGUCCAACGGUUAUCAGCGAAUUUAAUACCCAACUUUUGACUUAGAAAAAUUCGCCAGAGCUAUAAACUUCCCCGAGGACAUGGUACGACGCAAAUACCGAGGCAUGGCCCACAUCACUAUCACUUCAAAUUCAAGUGAUACGAGAUAAUAUUUUAACAAAUAAGCCACCAUGAGCAGCUCCACCGGAACUGCGAUAGCGAACGAAUGCUCUAGUGAUGAGGACGUGGAAAAUUAUUUGGAGGCAGGAGACACAGAUUUACAAUUGACUCAGGCACUAUUGUCUUCAUCGGUAAAGGAGGAGCGUCCGACCAGGAGCAGACUGCGAAAUAAUCUGAAAUUGAAUGGCCACAGGUGCGUCGAGAAUUUUCGAAAGAAACUACGGAUUGUUGCACUGCUGUCUUUUUCAGUCUUCAUUACUUGGUUGUACUUCAAUUUCGAGUCAGCUGAGAUCAAAACGUAUGAUCUACAAGAAGAUGAGGGAGUCGAGGACUACCUAGUUUGGAAUCCAAAAUGCCAUAUGCCCUCGAAAAACCCCCUGGACUCAUCAAUAAUAAAGUACGUAAAAAAAAUAAAAUUCGAGCCCUGCUCAACAGGUCCCCCCCUAAGUUUCAUUGAGAAAUCAGUCAAUGGUUCAUUCGCCCUGGUAAUUGACCCAAAAGUCGCCAAGAAAUAUAAAAAGUUCAUCUGCUGCUGGACUCCAAUUACCCGGCCUGUCCUACAGGAACCUCUCCCGAAACACUGGGACUCAAAAAUCGACCGAGGAAAAUGUCAGGACUUCGAUAAUCGCGUGGAUCUUCCCCCUGACUUAGAAAUCGUCAUGCUGACAUGCAGACAAAAGGGCCCAUCGACCCGCCAUUCUAAUAAACCUCACAUUCUCUACGAGAACGUUCACGCCAUUUGGAAUCCUGCAAAGGUUCAGAGCAGACUCAACCAAACCACCGACCAACGACCAAAGCCGAGCAUUAUAAUUCUCGGAGUAGACAGUAUCUCCAACCUGAACUUCCAACGCGCCCUCCCAAAGACCAAGCACUACCUGACCGACACCGGUUGGAUAAACCUGGAGGGAUACAACAAAAUGGGAGACAACACGUUCCCAAACCUCAUGGCGAUUCUCACGGGUCUUAAUUACUCGGAUGCAUACAAAAACUGCCCACCAACUCAAGCCUAUGGUCUUGACAACUGUCCUUUUCUAUGGCAGAAUUUCCGAAACGCGGGCUACGUCACCGCCUACGCCGAGGACUGGGUGGAGAUCAGCACGUUCAACUACCAGAAAGUGGGAUUCGUCAAUCCCCCGACCGAUUAUUACAUGAGGCCCUACAUGACAGCAGCCGAGAAGUUCUUGAAAGGUAAGAGGAAGUUCCAAAGCAAUUACUACUGCACAGGACCUGAACUGGCAAUCGACAGAAUCUUCAAUUCUGCAUUGGACUUCGCCAAGACCUUCCUUGGAUCUCCAUAUUUCGGUUUCUUCUGGUCAAACACAGUCAGUCAUCAGAAUCUGAACGCGCCAUCAUCAAUGGACGACCACUUCCUGGAUAUGCUCAAGAAGUUCGCCAAAUCGGGAGUCACGGAUGACGCAUUGAUGGUGUUCAUGAGUGACCACGGGAUGCGCUGGGGGAGUUUGAGGGAGACUUUCAUCGGCUGGUACGAGGAGAGGUUGCCCUUUAUUUAUAUAAGACUCCCGGAGUCGAUGAAAAAUGAUGAAUCAGUACUGAGGUCCCUCAGGAUCAACGGGCAUCGUCUGACAUCGCCUUAUGACCUAUACGAGACACUUAGGGACAUCGUCGUCGAGGCUGGAGGCCAGGCUGAAGCCAGCACUGGGUGCCCCACGUGCCACAGUUUAUUGAAACCAGUACCUUCUGUGAGGGGAUGUGAGGACGCUGGGAUUUCCUCCCACUGGUGCACCUGCACCGCAUUGCGACCGGGAAAUGUUCGGGAUAAAGUGCAUGAGAAUGCGACGAAUGCAUUCCUCGAAUAUGUGGAGAGUAUUGUGAAGGAUUAUAAUGAUAAAAAGGGGAAAAGACUUUGCGCGACAUUUAGGAUUAAGAAAAUUCGUAGGGUCUAUGAAAUUAUUGAUGUGCAUAAGUUAGGGAACGAUUCUAGCAAGGUCGAGGGAUAUAUGUACUCCGUGGACGUCGUCCCCGGAGGGGGCAAGUUUGAGAUGACCGUUAGAGUUCAUGGGGAAGGGAAUUACAGCAUCUCCGAGGAUGAGAUUAGUAGGAUUGAUUCGUAUGCGAAGAGUGCAGCAUGUCUUCACCAGGGCAACAAAAAACUUUGUCAUUGUUUAUGAAAACACUAGGGACAUGGGGAAACUUUCAGAAUAAUCGUCCCCCGGAAAGGUUGGUGGGAACAAUUUUCUGUGUUCGACCAUUUGAGACAGACAAAAAGUCAAUAAAAUAAAUAUUAAGAUAAGAUGUUUCCAAAAAAACAA